AUGGCAACAACUAGUAGUUCAUUGCCCAUACCAGUCAGCCCAAAUAAUAAUAGCAAUAAUAAUAAUAAUAAUGGUAAUAAUAGUCAAAUUGGCAGUUAUAGUUCACAUCAUAUAGGGAGCUAUAAUAUAGUUAGUCCAAGCUCACUAAAUUCAAAUCAUAUAGGUAGUUAUAAUAAUAAUAAUAAUAAUAAUGGUAUUAAUAUUAAUAAUAGUAAUAAUAAUAGUUAUAUAGCGUCACCAUUUAAAAGAUCACCAAAUUUAUCAUCUAUACCUCCUCCUCCACCAUCUUCAUCAUCAAAAUAUCCAUUGGAAUUAACUGAUAAAAAUCAAGUUUGUAAUUUAAAAAUUAAUUUAGAUAAAUCACAUUUUAUAAAUGGUGAAGCAGUGUGUGGAAAAGUUAAUAUUCUUUUAACAGAUAGACAGUAUAUAAAGAGAAUAAAGUUACAAUUAUGUGGUUAUGAAAAAAUAUACCAUCAUCAGUCAUCAUCGAAUAUAUAUCAAACCAAUAAAUUUUAUAGUGUUAAUCUGAAUGUACCACCAACCAAUGUAAAUAUAGAAACAUCAUCAUUAGCUCCAAUUUAUUCAGAGUUAUCAUCACAAAUACCAAUACAGCAACCAUCACAACCACCACAACCACAAUUAUAUCAAAUUUACCAACAACAAUUUAAUAAUGAUAUUCCAUCACCACCCCAAUCAUUACCAAAACAAAAUCCAUCACAAAAUAUAGCUUCUCAACAAUCAAUUGAUUAUCAAGAGUUUGAAGUUGGAAAUUAUGAAUAUCCAUUCGUAUUUUAUUUACCAAAAUUUUUAUCACCAUCAUUAAAUUAUAUUGGAUAUUUAUCAAUAUUUUAUUUGGUACAUUGCAAAGUUGAAUAUUCAAAGGGAAAGGAAUGGAAAGAACAAAAGAUUGUUAAAAGUUCAGAGCUUUGGAUAACAGGUAUAAAUAAAGUAUAUCAAGAUUAUUUAUUAUCUAAAACUAGUUUUCAAACAUUUAGACUCUCUGAUUACUUGUGGCAAGAUAAAUCCCGUCCGGUCGAAAUGGCAUUAUGUCUUUUAGAAAAUAACUGCUAUAUUGGUGAUACCGCUACAUUCUUUAUAAAGAUAAAGAAUCCAUUAAUGAUAAAGUUCUCUUCCAUACGCGUAGAAUUAUUUCAACAAAUCUCAUUCUUUAAACCAAUAAACAAUCAAGUAGCAGGCAAUUUAAAAAAGUCAUCAAAACUAAUCAAUGGUAACAAUUAUUACAACUAUAAAGACUAUGAUUCUGAUAACUAUAAAAAAAAUCGAAAUCUUCAAAACAAUUGCCAAGGUUAUGACCAAAAAAAGAAGAAUGGUUCAAAGUAUCAAGUGUCGCAAACCCAAAUCUUUUCAAAUAAUUAUGACUGUAAACAUUUAUUAAGACCAAAGAAUGAGGUUGAUGCCGAUACCUUAAUAUCCACCCACAUACAAAUUCAAAUACCUCAUAAAAUUGAAGAUGACCAAGUCUUUCCAACAACACAUGGAUUUCUCUCAAUUAUUAAGCACUUUUUCAUCAUUUCAAUACCAUCAAUUAGCAGUGAUUUUAAAUUAAAAGUUCCAAUUCAUUUAUGGCAAAGAUUUGAUGAUAUUAGUUUUAGAGCAACUUCAUCGUUGGGUAAUUCACCAUUAAAUUUAUCAUCAAAUUCAUCAUCAUCCUCUUCAAAUGCUUCAUCUCCACCAUAUCAACAACAACAACAACAACAUCAUCAAUCUUAUUCAACACCUUCACUACCACAAUCAUUCUCAUCGCCAUCACUUAGAAAUAAUAACAGCUUUGGUAAUUUAAAUGGUUUUAAUAAUAGUUUGAAUAGUAGUAAUAGUAAUAGUCAUCAUGGUAGUUUCGAAAACUAUAACAUAAUGCAGGAUGAAUUAAAUGAAGUAGAUGGUAAAACACAAUUUUAUAUAGACGAAGAUGGAAAUAAUAAUAAUAUUAUUUUAGAGCCCAAAGAUUGGAAAAUUUAUUGGUUACCCAAAUGGAAGGAUGAGUCUUUAGAACCAAACUGUAAUCUCUGUGACUCGACAUUUACAAUAAUUAAAAGAACUCAUCAUUGUAGAUGUUGUGGUGGUGUAUUCUGUGAAGCCUGUUCAUCUCAAAAGUUGGCUCUAUAUGAUUUUGGUGUUUCGAAAAAAGUCAGAGUUUGUCUUAUGUGCAACGAUAAAUUAAAUUCAGAAUCUUCAAAUAUAAAUAUUAAAAGAAAAUAUAAUUAUCCAUUUUUAGUUGAUUUUUAA